AUGGAUACAAUCAACGUCUUCAUCUCGUCCCUUGCCGGCCUGUCGCUACCUCGCACACUGUCCCUCCCUGUGCCAGCCAACACCUCCAUCGCGACCUUCACGUCACUUCUCUCCACUCACCUUCCACCCCACGCCGACAACCUCCUCCUCUCGACCACAACCCGUCGCAUCGACACCACAUCGGGUCUACCACUCAGUUCCCUCCUCUCUAGCAAUGGGUGCCCAACAUUCCUCCCUCUCCGUCUCAGCGCACGCCUCCUCGGCGGCAAGGGCGGUUUCGGCUCCCAACUCCGCGCAGCAGGCGGCCGCAUGUCCUCGCGCAAAAACCGCAACCGCAAUCCCGACCAAAUAAACGGCAGCAACCGCAAUCUUGACGGACGCCGUCUACGCACAAUCACCGAAGCCAAAAACCUCGCCGAGUACCUGGCCCUCAAACCAGAAAUGGACAAGAAGGAAAGGGAAGAGAGAAGGAAACGCUGGGAGGCUGUUGUGGAGGCUGCAGAGAGAAAGGAGGAAGAAUUGAAGAAGGGAAACAGGAAUGCGAGGUUGGAUGGGGAGUGGGUCGAGGCGAAAGAGGAGGCUGAGCAAAAGACCCGGGAUGCUGUUUUGGCUGCUAUGAGGGCAGGCUUGAUUGAGGGUGAUAAGCCUGUGCUUGAGAGGACUGGCAGCGAGACCUCAGAUGGUAGUGAUGCUCAGCCAGAGCCCUCAAGCUCGGCGUCCAGCGACAAUGACGAGAUACAAGCCACCAAGCCUGCUCCAGCUGCUACUCGUGCCUUUUAUGGCUGGGACGACGAGGACGACGAGUUCAUGAGCGACGACGAAGAGGACGAGAUUGCUGCUCCUAUCGAGCUCGAUGCUGCACCCGUUGCAUACGAGGGUAAAGGCAAGGCUAAGGCCUGA